GAAUGACUUAAAAUUUGGCAAAAAUCCGUGUAGAUAUUUUAUAUACAGAUAAACAUAAAUUGCACCUAUCGAUGCUUUGUAUGUGCUUAAGACUGUAUGGUGUUGUCAUCUGAUCCAUACGAUUUUCAUCUGAACCACUUGCAUUUCUCGCUGUAUUCCUCCACCCAUCUGAUUUUUCUAGUCAUUUGAAAUCCUCUUUCUCCUGAUCGUUUUUAACCUGCUGGCGCCGUGCACAGGCGGUUCCCCGCUUCCAACAGGGGAAGAGUCACAAAUUGAAAGGAAUAUCGCACAAGCCAGAGAGACACAUUACAGUAUACACAGAGAGAGAGAGAGAGAGAGGAAUUAAAGGGCAUCAGUGCACCGCUGCGGGGGACAGAAGGAGCUGUCUCCAGCGGCUCGCCUUAUCUGUGUUGCCCCUUCCCAAUUGCUGUGCUGGAGCAGAGAGGUUACAGAAGGGGUAAAUACACCGAGGAUGGCGGAAGAAGAAGCCGGCCAGGAGACUAACCUCGGGGCCUACUCGCCGGUAGACUACAUGAGUAUCACCAGCUUCCCCCGGCUUCCCGAGGACGAUACCGGCUCCACCGACAACGUCCUGCGGUACCGCAAAGACGAUGACUCGUCCCUCUGUGACCCGGACACCACAGAUCCAGACCUGUUCCUGAAAUCAGCUCGCCUGCAACGCCUGCCCUCCUCUUCCUCUGAGAUGGGCAGUCAGGAGAUGUCUCCCCUGCGUGUGACCAACAAGGACCCUUUCUCCAGUGACUGCGCCUGUCGCCAGGACGGUCUGACUGUUAUCAUCACUGCCUGCUUAACAUUUGCGACUGGAGUCACUGUGGCCUUGAUUAUGCAGAUCUACUUUGGAGAUCCACAGAUCUUUCACCAAGGUGCAGUAGUUACAGAUGUGGCCCAUUGCUCCACAGUUGGUACCGAAAUACUGAAUCGUGAUGGAUCUUCGGUGGAUGCAGCUAUUGUGUCCGCAUUAUGCUUAGGAAUAAUCCACCCCCACAGCUCUGGAAUUGGAGGGGGUGGUGUCAUGUUAGUUCAUGAUAUCAGGAAGAAUGAAAGCUUCAUCAUUGAUUUUCGAGAGACAGCUCCAGCAGAGGUUGAGGAACAGAUGUUUGUGCAUAAUUGGGAGGACAAGCCUGGCCUCUUGGUGGCUGUCCCAGGAAUGAUACAAGGACUGCAUCAGGCCCAUCAACUCUAUGGCAGAAUCUCCUGGUCUGAGUUAAUGGCUGCAGCAGCGAAAGUUGCACAAGAUGGUUUCAAUGUGACUCAAGAACUUGAAGGACUCAGUGAGAAGGAUGAACCAACUAUGGUUAACAAGGUGACCAAGGAAAUUAACCUAAGUGGCAAUAACAUGUGGUGUAGUUUGCCAUCCUCACGUGCCCUGCUAAUUCCUUAUUCUUUUUAUCUUCAGUCACUGAAAAUUGCUUUAGCCUUGGCGAGCAGCCUUAGUGACCCUUUCUUUAAUUCCACUGUUACUCAACUGAUCGAGCAGAUGCUCAGCAAAUCAGAAGCCAAAAUUCUGCAUCAAUUGAUUAAUGAUAGUGCGGCAUUCCCUCCUGCUCAUUAUCUGCCCUUCUACUCCUUGGAGACUGGUUCUUCGGCAAGCCAAGUGCACGUCUUUGGACCUGAUGACUUCAUUGUUUCUGUUGUGAGCUCCUUGAACCGUCCAUUUGGCAGUGGAAUCAUGACGGCCUCUGGGGUUCUUCUGAACAGCCAGAUGUUGGACUUUUCCUGGUCGAACAAAGCGCAAGACAAUUCCACAGCGAACCUUAGGAACAGUAUUCAAGCUGGCAAAAGGCCUGUGUCUUUUUUGUUACCCACAAUUGUUCGGCCAUUACGAGGGAUGUGUGGGACAUACCUCUCUCUUGGAGCGUCUGGUGGGACAAACACUCUGAGCAGCCUCACUGAGGUCUUGCUGAACAUUUUCUCCUUUCGCAAACAUCUGAAUGAAAGCCUUGCCCUUGGCCGUUUCUAUCCACAGCUUCAGCCAAAUGUUUUACUGGUUGAGAAUGAGUUUCCAGAGGAGGAAGUGGAGUUCCUUGCAGAGCGAGGCCACACGGUGAUGAGAGAAGAGAUUCACUCCUUGGUCCAUGUAGCCAGGAGGAUAAAUGACUUCAUCACAGGGGCCAAGGACCCAAGAAGCAGUGACGCAGCUGCAGCUGUCAUUUUGUAGCCAGGACUUUUCGCCAGUGAUGGUUUCUUUUUCUCCUUUUUUUCUACCCCUUUUAACUUUUAGUUCACCGUGAAGUUGCAGAGUGCAAGGUGAAGGUUAAACACAGAAUGUAACAGUCAGGACCCGGUGGGAAGAGAAGCUGCAUUUCGGGGGGUAGCUUAGAGUGGACUCCUCCCCAAGUCUGGUUAUCAUUGAUGUUUUUAACUGAAGGUGGCCUGACUUCCACUGUUUGUCCAGGUUCUUGUGACUGACAGCAGAUAAUUUGAUUUACAAUGCACAUUUUAUCUUGGAACCAAAGCAUGCUGCAGAUUUAAUCUGUGACCCUCCCUCCUGCUUCUCUUUAUUUCCAGUCGUACAGUUAGAAAGAUUUGCAAAAUAAUAGAAAUUUAUGCCAUUGCAAAACCAUAAAUAUUUUUGUCACAUCUAUUUCCAAGAUGCAGACUUCUACUCACUUUGC